AUGAGCGCGCUCCCCGACGAGCUCUGGCUGGCCAUCCUCGAGCAUCUGUCGCGCGACAGCACAGCCCUCGCCGCGCUGGCCCUGGCUAGCAUGGACCUGGCGCGCCUGACACGCCAUCGGCGACUGGCGGAGUUCGAUCUCUACCUGUGCCCCAAGGCACAUUCGCAGCUGCGGCCGCCGCGGCGCCACGAGGCGCGGAAGGGGCGGCUCGGGUUCGCCCUGCGCGCCGACGUAGCGCCGUGGUCUUCUGCAACAUCCACCUCGACGUGGAUGCGCUCCGCCUGCUCUACUCCCGCCCCGGCGCACUGCACCCUCUCCGAGCUCUAUUUCACCGAGGACUGCACGACUGCGUCGCUCGACGACGUCAGGGAUGCGGGCGUCCCACGCUAUGCGCUGACGAAACUCGGCGUGGCGGAGUCCUCCGCGCUGCACCCGCCCGCGUCCGAGGCGCUCUGGGCGCCGUUCCUCGCCGGGCAAUCCACGCGGCUCGUGGAAGUCUAUCUCGGCGUGCUGCCGCACGAAUGGUCCGCCCAUCUGGACGCCAUGCCCGCCAACCCGCACCUCGCGACGCUGCACUGCGUCUGGUCGGCCAGCGCGAUGCGCGCCAACCUCGCCCUGCUCCGCAAGUUCCCGAACCUCCGCGCGCUCUCCGUCAGGCUGUUCAACACCGGCGCGGCGUACCGGCACGCCGCCGACAGCAACAAGACCCCCGAUCUCCCGCGCCUGGCGCACGUCGUGCUCGACCACCCGCCGUUCCUCGCGCUCUUCGCACAUCUUGGCGCGCUCGCCGCCGUCACGCUGCCGCCGUGCAAUCCCGCGCAGCUCCGCGAUCUCGUGACCAAUGAUCCCGGCAUACGGGCGCUCGCGCCGCGCCUGCGAUAUCUCCAUCUGAAGAUCCUCCCCGUGCCGAGCUGGCGGCACGCGCUCCUGCCGCUCGGCGCCUUCUCCGGCCUGCGGCAUCUGUGCCUGGAGCUGCCCGUCCCCCUCGCGCCCGUCGAUGCGCCCCUGCUCCGCACCGUGGCGCCCACGCUGCAGACGCUCGCGGUCAGACACAGGGCGCCGGGGCGCUCGGUGGAUCGCGCUGCAGAGUCUUCCGCUGCCCGCGGUGCCGAUACCAGCAGUGUGCCCGCGGAGACAGCGCAGCUGCGCGCGGCCAUCGUCGCGCAGUGCCCUCUGCUCGCGGCGCUCUGGCUGGACGUCUCCGUCGGCCGCACCGCCGGCGCCGACGGCGGGACGUAUGUCUGGGAGCGGGCGGGACCGAGCGGCACGGAGCGGCAGAUUUACAAGGGUACCAGGGCUAAGCGCCGCGAGUUUACCGAGUGGUGGGAGAGCUACACGCCGAGCAUUCGGAGGAUCUGGAAGCCGUAA